GGGGGAGGCUGGAGGCGCAGCAGGCGGAGUGCGUCAGAGGGAGGAGGGCGAGAUGCUAUCAGGCGCCGGGCAGCAGCGCUGAGGAAGCAGAAGGUGAGCCGGGGGGAGCCGCGAGCCCGCCGCCCCGCGCCGCCCCGCACGGACCCGCCCGGCCGAGGGAUGGCAUUCCCUGUGGAUAUGUUGGAUAACUACAGUCAUGAAGACUUAGAGAGUUCUGCAGAAGACUAUAUGUCUGACCUUCGAUGUGGAGAUCCAGAUAAUCCAGAGUUCUUGUCUGUUGUCAGUGACAUCAAAAUUCCUAUUAGCUUGUCAACUGUAGGCUUCGUUCCUCUUUAUGGUGGAGAUCAGACGCACAAAGUUCUUGCUUUGUUUGCACCAGAGGAUGCACUCACAGCUGUAGCUUUGUACCUUGCUGACCAGUGGUGGGCUAUCAAUGAUAUUGUGAAAACAUCUGUUCCUUCUAGAGAAGGGCUUCAGCAGGUGAAGACUGUUGGAGAGAGGGUGGUUCUCUAUGUUCUCAAUCGAAUUAUUUAUCGGAAACAAGAAAUAGAAAAAAAUGAGAUCCCAUUCCUUUGUCACAGCAGCAGUGACUAUGCCAAGAUUCUGUGGAAAAAAGGAGAAGCCAUUGGGUUUUAUUCUGUUAAACCUGCAGGAAGCAUAUGUAGCUCCUAUCUCACCCAAAGUUAUCAGCUUCCUGUGCUGGACACAAUGUUUGUGAGAAAGAAACAUCGUGGGAAAGAUUUUGGGCUAACGAUGUUGGAGGAUUUUGUGGAUUCCUUUACUGAAGAUGCACUUGGCCUUCGGUACCCGCUGUCAUCAUUCAUGUAUGCAGCUUGUAAGCAGUACUUUGAAAAGUACCCAGGUGAUCAUGAUCUUCUAUGGGAAGUCGAAGGAGCAGGACACUGGUUCCAGAGAACGCCUAUUACCACUAUAUUGCAGAGAGAAAUACUCAAGAUGACAGCAGAAUCCUCUCAAAAAGAAAACAACAGUUCCCAGACUGAGGAGUUGUUUCUGCAGUCCGCCAUGGAACCUGAAAUGAGAAAUGAGCAGAACACAGAGACUGAAACACAGCUAAGUACUGAUUCUUCAAAGGAUACCACAGACAUGCAGGCAAGCAGUUCUGCAGAGUUUGCUGUUACUCCUGUUUCUACUCGGACACGAAGCAGUCAUUUAAAGCGUCCCAGGAUAGGAAAAAAUAGCAAGGAAUCUGAACUUGAAGCUCCGCAAGGAGAGGGUGAGAACAUUCAUCAGGCAUCAGAAAGCGGGCUUGAACCUGUUGCAUGCACAUCUGAAAGUUCAGAAGAGUUAGAAGAACGAGGAGACAAUACAGUUGAAAAUGAGGAAGAAUCAGUACCUGAAGAUGAGGACACAUCAUUAAUGGAAACAGAAGAGUUACGUACGUCACCAUCUGAGAAACAAGAUGAGAAGGAGGAAACACCAUUAGAACCACUCAAUGGUGAGCUAACGGAAGAAUCCAUCAAGACGUCCCUUAUGGCCGAAGAAGAAAAUGCUAAUGAAGUUCUAGAUGGUGAAGCAAAACUGCAGUCUGACAGUCCAGAAGAAGAAUCUUUAACUCUGUUUGUUCCAUUAAUCCUGGAUUCUUCUGCAAAAUCUUCUGAAGACACUGCAUCAGAUAAGGUUUUGAAUGCAAUAGAUUCAGAAAUACUGCCAGAAGAAAGCACAUCUGUGGGAAAAGAGGGAAGUGAAGAAGAGCAACAAGAAGUUGAAAGGAAGAAAUCAUCUGUUGAAAGUGCAAACAUUGUUACUUCAGCAUCAAAGGAAGAACCAUCAGACAAUGGCCUUCCAAACUCUGUGAUAACUGAACCACCAGAAGAAUCAGUUUCUGAAAAUGUGUCGCCCAAAACCACUUCUUCGUUGGAAGAGCAAAAUGAGGAAGUAGGGCACGACUCCCAGGAGGCCCCUGUUGUCCUUAGUCAGAGUUCUUUGAUAGUGGUUGAACUUGAGGAUGUCUCAUUCCAGCAACAUUCAGAAGGGCAAAAAAACCAAUCAGAAGAGCAGUCUGAAGAGUCUGCUGAGCAGAUGGAUCAGUAUACACAGACAGCAGCAGAGAGAACUGCUGACAGCAGCUCAGAAGAAGCAGAAAUUGAAGUACCAAUAGUAGAUCGAAGGAACUUGCGAAGAAAGGCCAAAGGAUACAAAGGGCCACCCAAGAAGAAAGGAAAACCAGCUUAAAACGAAGUAUUAUUUAAGGAAUAUAAUAUUUCCACCUAUUUGUAAGGAAGUUAUUUUGUUUGAAACGAUAGGGUAUUAUUUAACCAUGUGGGAGACAGGAUACACACGCAUUUAAAAAAUUGGGUUGGAUUUCCCUUCGGGAUUCACCACCUUUCCUUAACUUCUCUUGAAUUUUUAACCACUACAUGUUGAGCUUCAUCAGGGUAUGAAAGUAAAUGGCCAGUCUCCUCCUUUUAUAAAGGAUAAAUACUGAAUAAACAUAAAACUGUAUUAAUAAAGCAACAACUUGCCUUUAAAAGCUUUUUUUGUAAGAACUGUGAGCAGUGAGAUUCUGGCCCCAGCAAAAUUAUUGGGAGUUUUUUCCAUUGACUUCAGGAAGCCCAGAAUUUUACCUUGAUGUUUAUAAAAUUGCAUUUGCUACCUGAAAAGAUUAACAGGACAGGAGGGGAAAUACCAUAUGUACUAACAGAGAUAUAGUAAACAAAAGUAACCUGGCACAAUUAUGGAUCUCAAAAUGAGUGCAUAUACAGAACCUACCCAUGGAACUUGAUAGCCCCAGAAUAGCAUGAACAGUACUAACCAUUUUUAAUAAUUUUUUUUAGGUGAGCUCACCUUUUCCAUCCCUAAUUCCAAACCACUAAUUUGAUAAUUAUUUGAAAGAUGGCAGCUAAGUCACUGAUAUGAAGCCCAACCAAAACAAAGUCUCGUAUUGUGCGCUGUGGUAAUGUAGCUCAAUAACGAAGCUUUUCAGUUGAGUUUUAAUGAUGUUUAUAUGAUAAACUACAAGUUUCCCAAUGUAUGUUUGCUAAAGAUUAGUUUUGCAGCAUCGUGUGUGUGUGUGUGUGUGUGGUUAUACCCCCACAGCUACAGAACUAUUUGACCUCCUUCCCAGCUACAUACAUGUGCUGAAUAGAUUCUUGAUCACUUAUUUGUGUGCCAUGUUACAGAAAAUAAGUUGUGAAUUUUUGUUUAGAAGUGGGCUGAAUGGGAGUGGCACUACACAUUUUCCACAUAGUGGACAUGUUUGGCAGCUGUUAAAAGUUGUACCUUCAGAUGUUGACUCCUGUGAGCCCACAAUUUUGACACACUAUUGUUUUAACCUCAAAGUUUAGUGAGGGCUGCAGCAAAUAUCUUUGAGGCCAAAUCCUUUGUAUUCAUACAGCUACCAGGAAAUUGUGAAAAAACAGUAGUGCCCUUAACUCCAAUAUAAGUCUAGGGAUAAAGGUUUUCCAGUUUCAUAGUUUCUUGAGAGGGAACCAAGCAUGUAGUAUUAAGACAGACAAGGCAGUCAGGAAAAAAAAACCAAGAUAAUUUAUAUACGUCUCUCACUAUCCUUCAUUAGUCCCUUUUUCAGAGGUACCUCUUGGCAUCCAACAAUUUGAUUCAAAUUGAAACUUUAUAUAUCAGCUAUUUUAAAAAUUGCCAUUUAUUUUUUUCCAGUAAUGAAGCUCCUUUGAAUAAUGGAUAAAAACUCAGGAAUAAAUAAGAAUAGUGGUGUGUGCAUGGAAAGGAAAAAAAUGGUACUUGGCUACACAAAGGUCCAAAAAGGUCUCAAACAAAGGUAACUAUUUCUUUUAGGAUUUAUAAAUAAAAGGUUCACUUGAAUAACUUUAACAGUCUUUUAAUUUUUAUCCUCUGAAACAAUUGUAAGAAUCUGUCUUGAUUUUAUGGCUGUACAGUUUAACUUUUUAGAUAUUUUCUUAUCUCUUACUUCAGCUGGUGAAACACCACUAUCUUCUUUUUAAUCUGUUUUGACUCACUUUAAAAGAGUGCAGGUUUUUAGCAGGGUGUAUUGCUUGACUUCUGGGUGUGGGGUGCAUGGAAUCAUUGAGUUUAAUUUGGAUUUUUUUGGAAUGUUGCACUUUGUUGUAACUUUUCCUGUCAGUGUACAGUUGUUGUAUAUUAACUUUGUGGAUGAGAAGUGUAAACAGAACUUUCCAUGAUUAUUUGUAAAUAAAUACAUUCAAGUGAACCUUCAGCAUUUCUAAAACCAAUUAAACAUUUUCUAUAAAGCACAUAGCAAGAACCUUCAAUUAUGUAUACUGUGGCUUCCCUUUUAGUGCUAAGAUGUGUUGUAAAAAUAGGCAAAGUGGUGGUUGGAAAAUGUUACAUUUUUGUUGCAUCACCAAGGGUUGGACUACUUAAGGGCUGGUGGGGUCAGACUAAAGAGAUGGUUUUCACAAAUAGUAAACUUUUAACAAGCAGAAGAUAGAGCUGCAAGGAAUUAAAUGUUGUUAAACAGUAAUAGUCUUAUGAGUACAUCAGCUGAUACAAAAGUAUCUACUUUAAUUAAAAGUCACUUUUAUAAAAAUAAUUAUAAUUGGGUCCUAACUCUUUCAGUUAUUUCUAGAUUGUCUAGUGCUCAGCAGUUUUUCAGAUUACAUAUGCUGCGUAUACUGUUAUUUUGUAUAAGUAAAGUCAGUGCACUUAAUUUGGUUCCUUCCUUUCUCCACUUUCUUAUGGCUACUACAUAUCUGGCUUUUACGUUAGGAUAUCCUCUUUUAGACAUCUCCCGAUUUUUUUUUUUUUAAUUAAAAAAAAAAUGUAGUAAUGCUAUUGGGACCAAUUGCAGCUUCCACUGAAGUCUACUGGAAUUCUACUAUUGAUUUCAGUUGUGGCAAGAGACAAGAUCUAGAUGCUGAAUCUGAUCUCGCUUAAACUGGUAUAAACUCUUGAGUACCUCACCCAAAAUGCUACUACAUUGGUAUUUCAACCAGUAUAACUGAGAUGAGAUGAAUAAUAGCCUGAUUGUUUGAAAAAACAGAACAUAGGCAACAAAUGGAUAAGUAGGAAUUUGUACAGCCAUUCUGCUACUACCCGAUGACUCUUUUGUCUAAUAAGAUUGUACCAAUAAUUUUGAACCAAUUAGUGCAGUUACUUCUGCAAAAGAAUUAUUUUGGUGUUGACCCCCCUGCAGCUAAUAUUGCCUGGGUACUGAAAAAAAAGAUGAAUGUGGUGCAGAAAAUUGCAUCACAAUCUAUACCUUCUGCUUGUUAAAGCAAGGAGAAUGUCUCUGAGUUGACAACAAAUUAGGCCAAUGAAGAGUUUAAAUUGGAGAAAUUAGCCUUUUUUAGGCGUGGACAAUAUACUUCUUGUUGUCUAACUUGCUUAUUAGCAUUGUACUAUUACACAAUUUUUAAGGUCUUACUGCACCAGCAAUCAAUAAUUAAAACAUUGUAUGACUUUAUACAGUUUGUACCAAAUGUUAUUAAAACAUCCUGUGGAACAAUGCCUGUAGAAUUAAAGCAAGCAGUAUUAUUCUAAUUUUUGUUUAGUCUAGGAAUAGAGCUUAUAGAACAUUAAAUUGUGGUCUCAGCUCACACUUGGAUGAUAAAUGGUUUCAUAUUUGAACCUGUUUGUUCAAAUGUCUUUAAUGUAUUGUUUGUUAAUCAGGAAUUACUUUGCCUCUUGCAUUCUUUCCUGUUUAAUGACUUUUUCCCAUUUUGCGCAGAAUUCUUGUUUGCCGUUUUCAUGCUUUUUUUUAAUUCAUCACAUGAAAAGGUUUUUCAUAUCUUCAGAAAUGCUUUUAACUCUUUCAAAUGCUGCUCGCUUAUCCCUUACCAUUUGCUGUUUUCUGCACCAUCACACUUCCUGUUACGCAUAUGCAAGCAAUAAAUAGUCCAUGUAUUGGCUUCUAUGCUCCAUUCUAAGUGAUGGCAUUUUCAAAUUUUAUUUCCAAUAAGAUGUGUUAAAUUUAUUUUCUGAAGUGUGCUGUUAGGUGUUUUAUAAACUUACUUGUACUAUGUUUAUAAAUCUUAUGGAAAAUGUGUUGCUAUUCUAAUUACUGUGUUAAGUCUUGUUAUAGUAUUUUUGUUUUUCCUUUUUAGUAUUGUCUUGCUUUUUGAAAUGUUUCAAAGUAGUAAUUAAACUUAUAUUUUGUGAGUUUUUUUUCUUUACUUGUUUCAGUACUCAAGUGCCCUCUGCUAAACAAUAAAUAUUUUCAUGAUUA